CCUUGAACAUUAAUCAAACGUAAACAAAAGAAAAACAGUUAUCAACGCAACCUGUGCCUGACGAAUCGGGUUAAAUGAAAAUGACUCCAACAAGAUCCGUCCAGCAGAAGCAGAGGAAGAAUUCUGAUUUACUUUUUUUUCUCCCGUCAUUCAAUACCAACAAAACAAGGGCAAAUCCGUAUGAAAUCCAAUGUUAACGAUUGAAAAAAAGGGAAGUUUCAGUUCAAAUGUUUCAAUUUCGAUUCCAUCUUUUCGUCCGUACACCAUUUCGUCCGCUCGGAUGGCCUUCAACAGAUUUGCCUCGUUUUGGGUACGAGCAGCCACUGCUGGAAAAGAACCGCUUGAAAAAUGUGGCUUUUUGAAGUAAGCAACAAAUCGACGUAAUAUGACACCAUAAAAGGUAUUUUAUUUGGGCUAAUGGACUGCGUAAACCAAAACUGCCGCAGGAAUUUGAAGGGUUUCCAUAAAAACAAAUUUUUACUACAAUGCUCGAGUGCUCAUUCUCCACCGUAAGACACACACGCGCAGUGCCCUUUCCUCCUCGACUUCCUCCAGCCGGGCAAGUAACGCACCGAAGAAAGCAGCAGCAGCAGUCUUCUCCAUCAUGAGCUUCAUCAUGCAGGCAUAAUGAUUUCUUACCAAAAUUGUCGAGAUGCCUUAUACGGGUGGCACAGAAAGAAGCCCAACCCGCUGCCUGUCGUCACACCACACACUGCCGUGCCAUCGAACGAGUCAUUUGCAACAAAGGCAGCUUAUCGAAACUUAUGCCGUCCUUAAUUAUGGCUUCGUAAGGGUAAUUUACUUAAAAAAUCAUCAUCCAACACGCGGCACACCAUCACAUCGGAAUGGUAUUGGGCAGGAGAAAGAAGCACCCAAGGGCAGUAUGUGUGCGUGUGGUGUGUGGGGACCGGAGAUGGUAGCAAAGUGCGAGAAGUCGCCACGCAUCGUGAUUUUGAGAUCGAUUCGACAAGAUUACGUUACAGCAUGGCCACGGGAGCUUGUCGUGCGGCCGCCCAUCCUUUGUGCUCAUCCGGCGACAACAUCGAAAGCACUCAGGGACGGUUUAAAUGGUCAGAUGCGUCGCCAGUCGGUGGAAAAGCAUUUCGCUUUCCGCGUACACUUGACGCAACCAUACACUUCCUCUCCCUCUCUCUCUCUCUCUGCCUGUUCGUUCCGUCUCAGUGCCAUUUCCGACAACCACGGAAAGCGAUCGAGUGAUUGUCGAUUAGCUCUCGCAAGGGGCCGCCCUUGGUAUUGCACAAUAUGGUCUUAAAACACUCAGCGAGAAGAAGCUGCAUCUUGAUACAUACAACCUCACUGAGCGUAUGCAAAUAUUUUGAAAUUACCGAUUGAACCUUCACUGCGACCAUCAAAUGCAUCUCCAUUGCAACGCAUCGUUGUUGAUGACCAUUCCAAACCUACACAACCACACUGUGGCAGUGUGCAAUACUCACGAAUGCAACACACACACACAGUACAACCACCGAGCAGAUGCGCAAGAAAUAAUAAAGGAAUUUGAAAUGUUCUGUUCUAAAAAUACAACGACCAACCAUUCAGCUACAGAGCUGUGGAGCGAAGCUGUUGGUCAUUUUCAACCACUGCAUAGUAUGCGAAUGGUUCUGAGUGACGGUUUCAGUUUGCAGGCAGAUUUUUCAUGAAAACCGAUAACAUCUGUGAGAAUUUGUGGUACAGCAGUUCUGCACUUGUAUCGGUUUAUCGCGAUCGGAAAGAACACCAGCCGGAUGAUGCCAGUUUUCACCAGCUUUAAUGACGAAAAGUGGAAAGGUACGUGAUGUUUCCAUGAGUCACGUUUUAUUUUGGCUGCAGCGGAACGAGAACCAACAACUGUUCGGCCACAUUCUUGCCAUUUGUGCGAGCGAGCUGUACGUGAAGAGACCAAACCGCACAUUGCCAGGAAUCGCUCACAUCUGUCUCUAGCAGUGGAAGUGGCAGCUGGUCAGUGUUGAAAAAUUGCUCGAAAUUAUUAGAUACAUUACAGUAACGAUUUCAACUUUUUAGUGUGAUUGCAACGAAUGUCGAAUGUCAAGCUCAUUAACAAUGCAAUGCGCCUGUUGUGCACGUGCACGUAAGGAACAAUCACAAAAACAUACAGACAAUUUCAUUAAAUUGUGUUAUGCUUUAAUGAAAUGUCACAAAUCGCCGAUUCUUUGUGCGAUUUGUGUUCCUAGUUCCUAGUCCACGUUAGGUGAUUCUGGGAUGCAGUCAGAAAGUGUUGAUUCACCAUCAUGUCUCAUUCAAAUGUACUUUUAAUAGUAACUGUUAUCACACAUUUUUACACUUGGCCGGCCAGUGGAAAUCUAACAAACUCAUUUGCAUUGCUAUCUCCUCCACAUUCCGAUAUAACCUUCAUUGUGAAAGCAUUUGUGGAACUCCAAAAGCAGUGGUGCCCACCAUGGCGCUACAAAAAGGUUUUCAUCCUCAACUACGCCAAUGAUGCUCUCUCGGAAGACAUUUUAAUGGCCAUUUUGAAGCUAAAUGAGCCACCAAAAAUCAUAUCUAACCAGGUUGGCGAUUUAAGCUACUGGACAUACGAGACUCGCCGUUGUGCUGUUCUGAUGGCUCGAGGACAUGAAAGAUUAGACCCCCACACGGCUCUCCAUCACGGCAGCCGGUACUUCAUAUUUCACCCAAAGCUGAAGGAAAACAUUUUCAUGCACGAACUCGACAGUGGAAAACGAUUCAUUCUCGACCGGGCGUAUCACAUUUUGUACAACCGAUCCAGCAUAGAGAUUCAUCACAAGAAUUUCUUCACGAACCAAACCAUACAGCUCGAUCCGUCCAACAUACGUGUCCAGAACGACCUGAAGAACCUGUACGGACGAAAGAUUUGCCUGCUACUGCCAGCUGGAAAUCUAGAGGUAGUCACCUUCGACGCAUAUCUCGGAGAAACCAUAGCGCGACAACGAAAUGGAACGUUUGAGGCUACAACGAGCACGGACGACUUCCCGGAUUACGGUGUAGUGAACAUGGGCAUAUCGUUCCUGGGCUCGGACAAGAUUCUGGCCCUUGGCAGUACAUUCAUCAGUGUUCUGGUUCCGCGCAGCAAACCGAAACCGAUCAUCUGGGUACUAGUAGAUCCGUUCGAUUACUAUAGUUGGAUCGCACUGUUCUCCUUGGUCGUUGUACUGGCUGUGAUACUGUCAUUGUUUGGAGACGGCAACAAGAGUACCGUGCUGGAGAACGCAGUAGAGAUGAUCAUGUGCCUGCUAGGCGGACCGUCCAGAACGUAUGGCAGCUGGUUCGAGAAACAGAUCAUCACCAACUACUGUUUGCUGUCCAUUGUGAUCGUAUCCUGCUACCAAUCAUUGAUCUUCUCGUACCUGUCCUAUACGCGCUUCUUCCCGGAGAUCAACUCUGCGGAUGAAAUACGCAACAAUUGCAUUUUUCCACGCAGCACCACAUUUUCCAACCAUUUGAAUCUGCCACUAAGCAAGCCGGGCGAGUCGCUGGAAAACAUGUGCUAUCUCUUCUACAGUCGCGAUAAUACGCACAUCACUACGCUGUUGAUAGAAAAUAUGCGCAACAUCGACAAAUCGGCUCAAGCUGCAUUCGAGCACAAUUUGCGAGUGGCCAACACGGUGUUUUUGAAGUAUCAUUUGUUGUAUUACUUCUUCAGCAAAUCUCUCAUACGCGAGCUGUUCCCGUUCUAUAUACACGCAUUCUUCGAGUCGGGCCUGUUUGAUCAGUACUACAAAAACAAAAGCAGCUUCGCACUGCUCUACAGACAGGACGUUUUAGCGGUACGUGCAUUCAAUGUUGUGGAUGUGUCUAUUAUUUGGUAUCUGUAUAUUGGAGGAGUAAUUGUUAGUUUUAUUUGGCUUUUGCUUGAGAUUACUUUAUACCAUUUCCAACGCUUUGCUCGAGUUCUGAAAGAGCAUUUGCGGAAGUGCUUGCGCAACAAACAGAUCUUAAAAAUAAUAUUCGUUCGGAAAUAAAAUACACCCCAGCACCAUUGCCGACAUCGUGUCCCUUGUUCAUGUUCAAUUGUACGUGAGACAGAGAGAAAGCAUUGUUGAAAAUAUAAACAAAUGCUAAUGUAAACAUAAGCAAACAAUACAGGAAACCAGUUCGGGGUUUAAUGAAGAAACGCACGGAAUUCUAUCGGUUGAAAGUGCCGCCGAUUCAUUUCAAAUGAGGCCAUCGUUCGGCAGAUGCAUUUGAUCAUUAACGCCAAUUCCAGUACCCUUAGGUCCACCACGUUCAAUGUUUUAUUCGAAAUUUCAGCAUAUCAGUGAAUAAUUAUUCAGAUUCAUAAAACCGAAA